AUGGAAAUGGGUCAUGUAGUGUGGGUGCUGUUGGUGAUUUCAGCCACUGUUUUCUGCUCUUUAUCUCUUGCUCUUACGCAAGACGGAAUCGCGCUGCUGGAAAUCAAAAGCACUUUGAAUGACACAAGGAAUGUUCUUAGCAACUGGCGAGAGUCUGAUGAGUCUCAUUGUACAUGGAUUGGUAUCACUUGUCAUCCUGGUGAACAACGAGUUCGCUCAAUAAAUUUACCUUAUAUGCAACUGGGGGGGAUUAUAUCUCCCAGCAUUGGCAAACUCAGUAGACUACAUAGACUGGCACUUCAUCAGAAUGGCUUACAUGGAAUUAUUCCCAAUGAAAUCAGCAAUUGUACUGAGCUUAGAGCACUGUACUUGAGAGCUAAUUACUUACAAGGGGGCAUCCCAUCAAAUAUUGGAAAUCUUACUUAUUUGCAUAUAAUGGAUUUAUCAAGCAACUCAUUAAAGGGUGCUAUACCUUCUUCUAUUGGCCGUCUUACACAUUUGCGAGUUCUGAACUUGUCAACUAAUUUCUUUUCUGGUGAAAUCCCUGACAUUGGAGUACUAAGCACCUUUGGGAAAAACGUGUUCAUUGGGAAUUUAGAUCUUUGUGGGCGGCAAGUUCAGAAACCAUGUCGGACAUCACUUGGCUUCCCAGUGGUGCUGCCACAUGCUGCAAGUGAUGAAGCUGCAGUCCCUACCAAAAGAUCUUCACAUUACAUGAAGUGGGUGCUAGUUGGUGCAAUAUCAAUAAUGGGCCUUGCACUUAUUGUAACCCUUUCAUUACUCUGGAUUUGUUUGUUGUCAAAGAAGGAAAGAGCUGCUAGGAGAUACAUAGAAGUUAAGGAUCAAGUCAAUCCAGAAUCAAGCACAAAACUCAUCACCUUUCAUGGUGAUCUUCCAUACCCAUCAUUUGAGAUUAUAGAAAAGUUGGAGUCUCUUGAUGAAGAUGAUGUGGUAGGGUCUGGAGGAUUUGGUACUGUUUACAGGAUGGUGAUGAAUGAUUGUGGUACAUUUGCUGUUAAGAGGAUUGAUAGAGGUCGUGAAGGUUCUGAUCAGGGGUUUGAAAGGGAACUAGAGAUCUUAGGUAGCAUCAAGCACAUAAAUCUAGUAAACUUGCGUGGUUAUUGCAGACUCCCUUCUACUAAGCUUCUAAUCUAUGAUUAUUUGGCCAUGGGAAGCUUAGAUGAUCUCUUGCAUGAAAACAUUGAACAAUCACUGAAUUGGAGUACUCGUCUAAAGAUAGCCCUUGGUUCUGCCCGGGGUUUGGCUUACUUGCACCAUGACUGCAGUCCAAAAAUUGUGCACCGUGACAUAAAAUCCAGCAACAUCCUUCUUGAUGAAAACAUGGAGCCUCGGGUCUCUGAUUUUGGUCUUGCAAAGCUUUUGGUUGAUGAAGAUGCCCAUGUUACAACAGUGGUUGCUGGCACAUUUGGCUAUUUGGCACCAGAGUAUCUACAGAGUGGGAGAGCCACAGAGAAGUCAGAUGUGUAUAGUUUUGGAGUUCUAUUGCUAGAGCUUGUUACUGGAAAGAGACCUACAGAUCCUUCAUUUGCAAAGAGAGGUGUAAAUGUUGUUGGUUGGAUGAACACCUUCCUGAGAGAAAAUAAAUUGGAAGAUGUAGUAGACAAAAGGUGCACUGAUGCAGAUUGGGAAUCUGUUGAAGUGAUUGUUGAUUUAGCAGCAAGUUGUACUGAUGCAAACGCAGAUGAACGUCCAUCAAUGAACCAAGUGUUACAGUUGCUGGAACAAGAGGUUAUGUCUCCUUGCCCAAGUGAUUUUUAUGAUUCACAUUCAGACCACUCUUAAGUUAUUCAUACAAUCUAAGAUGCUAUGCUGCUGCUAACAAUGUUUCAUUGUUUUGCUGAUGUAAAUUAUUGUUCUAGCAAAUGCAAAUGUGCU